AUGCCCACAGUUCGGAACGUCCCGGUAUCACAUUCCGGCGCUAGCCAGCCCGAACUCUUCCACAAUCCAACCAUUCUCGCCAAAAUGGUGCACGCUCUGAACACCGCCGUCACGGCCCUCGCCGGCACAUCCAUAGCCACGGCAGCCCAGGGCAGCCAGCAGCACGAACCUGCCAAGAACAUCGCGGCGCCUUUCUCACCUACCACCGCCAGCAACUCCACCACCAGCACAAGCAUUCAAACACCUCCCGCCUCCGCAUCAGUGGUCGAGCACAAGUACCACGAGAUCUGCCACCCGUGCCACUGCGCAGGCAAGAAUGCCAGCGAGAUCGCGGCGCUCAACUCGCAGCGGCAGCAGCAUGGCUGA